UAAAUUCAAAUUUGCGCGUGAUCUCGCAUCAAUUCCACAGCAAUAUAUAGCAUAGCAUGACCGUACGCAUCCUCCAAUCAACACCCAAACUCCUCCACUGCAAUCUCAUCGCUCUCACCCUCUUUCUCACACACCCAUACUCCACAACUCCCAAAUCAAACUUCAUCUCCUACCAUUUCUCUCUCCUCCACUCCUCCCCCAACUCCCGAAAUCUCCGCCAUCUCCACGCGCGUCUUCUUCGCAAUGGCCUCUACGAUGACGUCAUCUUGGCCUCCAAGCUCAUCCUCAUGUACUCCAAGCACCAUUGCCUUCUCCCUCACUCUCUCUCCGUCUUUUCCCACAUGCCCGUUCGCAAUGUAUACUCCUGGAGCAUCAUCAUUGGUGAAUUCCUCCGCUCGGGCCGCCCCCAAAGAGCCUUCGACCUGUUUGUUGAAAUGCGGGGAUCUGGCGAGGCGGCUGGCCAUGACGCCUCCACCCUCCCCCUUGCCCUGAGGGCGUGCGCGAGCUUGGGGGAUGCUGGGAAAGGAAUGUAUGUGCAUGGUUUGUGUGUGAAGGUGGGGUUGGUGAGGAACGUGUUUGUGGCAUCGGCGAUAGUGUUUUUCUACGUUGCGUGUUCGUGGAUCUGGGAUGCACGCUGCGUGUUCGAUGAAAUUCCUCAAAGGGAUGCGGUGCUUUGGACUACAAUGUUGGGUGGGUAUGCACAGAAUGGGGAGCCUGGGUUGGGGCUGGAGGUUUAUAGAGAGAUGGUGGGUCAGGGGAUUCAGCUUGAUUGGGUUGUUAUGGUGAGUUUGCUGCUCAUCUGUAGCCAGUUGGGAUGGGCGAGGCAUGGGAAAAGUGUGCAUGGGUGGAGUGUUAGGAGGUGCCUGGGAUUGGGGUUGAGCUUAGGGAAUGCUCUUAUUGAUAUGUAUUCGAAAUGCGGGGAAUUGGCAUGUGCUCAUAGGGUCUUUGACAGAAUGCCUGUGAGAGAUGUGAUUUCUUGGAGUGUGCUGAUUUUGGGCUAUGGGUUGAAUGGGUGUGUGGGUGUUGCUUCGGAGCUCUUCGAGCAGAUGCAUAUGGAAGGAGUUAUGCCGAACUCUGUGACUUUUCUUGGUGUUUUGUCUGCCUGUUGCCAUGCUGGCAUGGUUGAGAAGGCGUGGAGUUAUCUUAAUAUGAUGAAGGAAUACAAGGUGCUACCUGAAUUGAAGCACUAUAGUUGCAUGGUUGAUGUUUUAGCAAGGGCAGGCCAUUUGGUUGAAGCAGAGAGGUUUAUUGAAGAAAUGCCAAUGAAGCCCGAUGCGGUGGUCUUGGGGGCUCUGCUCGCAGGCUGUCGAGUUCAUGGUAACAUUGAGGUUGGCGAGAGAGUUGCGAAGAGGCUAUUACGAUUGGAGCCACAAAAGAGUGGUUACUAUGUGCUGUUGGCAAACAUUUACGCCGCUGCGGGCAAGUUUGAUGAGGCAGAAAGGGUGAGAGGCUUCAUGAAGGAAAGGAAUGUGGGGAAGGUGCCAGGUUGUAGCCUGAUCGAAGCAGAUGGACUGAGUGAAGAAGAACUGAAAUGUUAGUUGGCUUUGAAAUUGGUUGAAAUGGUGAGAAGGCCUACAUAUAUGCAACAUGAAUCGCAUCCAAAUGAACUUUUAAUUUGACAAAAGGAUGACCAAUGCGGGAAACGGGUGAGAAGGUGUCUGGAUUUAGCUUGAUCAAACCAGGUGGCCAUCUUCCCAUGUCAUGAACGAAACAAAUGUUAGUUGGCCAGGGAAUCAGUUGAAAUGGUGGGAGGACCUAUGCGCAUGCAAGAUGAAUCACCUACAGGGGAACUUCUAGGAGGACCAUUGUUUGUUGAAAGUUGAAAGCAAGACUCACAGUAAUGCCCAGUUUUGUACAGGAAAGAUUCGAUGCUCAAUGGCAAGAUUUGCAUGGUCCAAUAAACCAUACAUAUGGAGACACCGGUGCUGUUCCAAACAGUUCAUAUGCUGGGAUUCAUUGUGGGUUAUGCCACCCUUCUGAUAGAGAGGGAGGGAACAGCUUGGAAAGAAUGGAAAUCCCUUUCAAUCUCCUCAGUAUCUCAUUCAGAUGGGCCGAAAGAUCGAGGAGGAUUUCUUAAGAAAAAUAGAAUGAUUUGCAUAACAUCUCUUGAAAUCAAAUUCCUCCAAAGCUGAGAUAUACUACUAAAAGUGGGCUGAAUCUUUGACACAUGUUGUUCAUCGAGCUCUGUGAAGUGUUCUGCCCCUAACAUCAGUGGCUAUUAUUAAAUCACAAUUCACUACAUGUUUUGCCACAGGAUAAACAAAACAUGUAUAGUUUUUUAGUGAACACAGGCUAUAAUUUUUUAAUGAGCACACUGCCUACAUCAUCUGUCAUAGGAUCAAAUAAGGCCAGUGUACAAAUUUUGAAUUUUUGUGUAUACUAUUUGUUGGAUUACUUGUGAUGAAAUGAACUCUGUCCUAGGAUGAAAGAAAUCUACUCAUGUUAUUUGGAUUGGAUCCCUUACUAAAUUCAUCUAGUUCGAUAAUCAUCACCAAAUUCUG